GGCACUGUCCCGCACUCUCACUUAACCUCCACAUUGUGCCGGACGGGAAAUAACUUUAACUACUUUUUAUUAAAAACACCGUCCGAAUGACAGCUCCUCCGGCUCCGCGCCGCCUCUGACUGCAGCGCCGAAGUGCUUCUUUUCUACUUUGUGGUGGUCGGCACAGAGCGCAAACAGAGGAGUUACCAAAGUCCCGACACGCUCCAGCGAUGGUGACCUUACGCACGGGAUUUGAAGGCUGUUUAAACUGACUUUGCUCUCAGCGCCGAAACUCUUCCUCAUCGCUCUGAACAGUCCAGAAGUUUGGCGGAAACACGCAGCGAAUGACGAACAAGUGAGCGCAGGUGACGUUCAUGAAUUGUAAAGUCAACCACAAGUGAGAAGAGGGUGUUGGAGUUGAAGUCUCUUAUUUCUAAUGAUGUCUUCCAUGCGAGCAACGCCUCCCUUCCACCCACCAUCUGAGGAAGAGGAAGCGAUAGGUCAGGACAAUGUGGCCUGGCCCAAUGACAAGUCAGAGGGCCCGAAGGAGAUGCCGUCUCCCUCCUCACAUGACCAGUCUCACCUGGACGAGCUGCAACCAAUCAGAGAGAAAUUGACGGAUGCUGAGUGGGAGAACUUGAUGCCUGCUGCGAUGGACAAUGAAAGCAGUAAAGGCUGCUCAGUCUACUCCUACCGGACUAACUCUACCUCUCCACCCAAGCCAGAGGAGUUUUCCAAGGAUCGCGGGGAGCCAGUGAUCAGCCUCGCCUUCGGGACGCCAGAGCGCCGCAAAGGAAGCCUGGCAGACGUGGUGGACACACUGAAACAGAAGAAACUCGUGGAGCUGACCAAGACAGAGCAAGAUGAACCAACCUGCAUGGAGAGGCUCCUCUCUAAGGAGUGGAAGGAGCGCGUUGACCGUCUGAACGCCAACGAACUGCUGGGGGAGGUAAAAGGUACGCCAGAGUCACUGGAGGAGAAAGAGCGCCAACUUUCCACCAUGAUCGGUCAGCUGAUCAGUCUGAGGGAGCAGCUCCUCUCUGCCCAUGACGAGCAGAAAAAGAUGGCGGCCUCACAGCUGGAGAAGCAGAGACAACAGAUGGAGCUGGCCAGGCAGCAGCAGGAGCAGAUCGCCAGACAACAGCAGCAGCUCCUGCAGCAGCAGCACAAGAUAAACAUUCUCCAACAACAGAUCCAGGUUCAGGGUCACAUGCCUCCUCUGAUGAUCCCAGUGUUUCCUCAUGACCAGCGUUCUCUGGCUGCUGCGGCUGCCGCACAGCAAGGCUUCCUCUUCCCACCAGGCAUGUCCUACAAGCCAGGUGAGAAUUACCCCAUGCAGUUCAUUCCAUCUACAAUGGCAGCUGCAGCGGCGUCUGGACUCAGCCCGUUACAACUACAGCAGCUGUAUGCUGCCCAGCUGGCAAGCAUGCAGAUCUCACCAGGAGCCAAGAUGACUCCCCUCCCGCAGGCUCCCAAUUCCUCCGGUCCGCUUUCCCCCUCUGCCCUGAAGAACGAGAAGCGAGCAUCCAGUCCGGUCGCUCAGAUUAAGGAGGAAGGAUCCACACAGCCAUUGAACCUCUCAGCCAGACCCAAGACAGCUGAGCCUCUUCGCUCCGCAACGUCCCCGACACAGAGUCUGUUCUCCGGAAACAAGACCAGCCCUACAGGGAUGGGCAAGGGCCGCAUCCCAAGUCCCAUCCCCAACAUGAGCAGGAACACCUCUCUGGACAUCCUGUCAAGCCUCAACUCCACGGCGCUGUUUGGGGACCAGGAUGCAGUGAUGAAGGCCAUCCAAGAGGCCAGGAGCAUGAGGGAGCAGAUCCAGAGGGAGCAGCUCCACCAGCAGCAGCAGCAGCCAGGAUCCCACAGUCUGGAGGCCAAACUGUCCGCGCUCAGCAGCAUGAGCCUCAACAACGGCAACAAGGAUCGGCUGCACUAUGAGACGUUGAGCCAGCACCUGGGCAAACUCGGGGAGGAAGCUGGGAAGAUGGUCCAUCGAGUCAUUGACCUGACGAGGCCAGAAGAUCUGGAUGGGAAUAACGUCACAGAGGCACGAGUGUUCAGGGAGGCGAGAGGCAGGAACAGCAGUGAGCCUCACAUCAAGAGGCCCAUGAACGCCUUCAUGGUGUGGGCCAAAGACGAGAGGAGGAAGAUCCUGCAGACCUUCCCCGACAUGCACAACUCCAACAUCAGCAAGAUCCUAGGUUCUCGCUGGAAAUCCAUGACCAACCAGGAGAAGCAGCCAUACUACGAGGAGCAAGCUCGCCUGAGCAAGAUCCAUUUGGAGAAAUAUCCCAACUACAAGUACAAGCCGCGGCCCAAGAGAACCUGCAUCAUCGACGGCAAGAAGCUGCGCAUCGGAGAGUACAAGCAGAUGAUGCGGUCACGACGCCAGGAGAUGAGGCAGUUCUUUGUGGGGCCUCAGCCACCAAUUCCUCUCGGCAACAGCCCAGGCGGUGUACCCGUUUACCCGGGCGCCAUAACCAUGGCAACGACAGCCACACCAUCCCCACAUCUGACCUCAGACUGCUCCAGCAACUCAGCCAGCCCUGAACCCACCAUCCCUGUCAUUCAGAGCACGUACGGAGUGAAGACCGAGCCUGGCAGCAGAGGCAACAAUGGCAGCGGUGUCGGAAAUUUGGAUCUGCCCAGCGACCCCACCAACGGAGACGACGAUAUGGACAUGUACGAGGACUUUGAGGACGAGCCCAAGUCAGACUAUAGCAGCGACCAUGAGACUCGGGAGGCCAUCAGUGCCAACUGAUUGUGCUCAGAUGUCUCAGAUGUAAAAAGAGAGAGAGAAAAAAACUCCUGUUAUUCUCAGAGACACUUUUUGAAAACACAUUUUAUCACAGAGACCUUCAGGCAAACUUUUGUGACAUGUUGCGUCAUGCACUGAGCAUGCCCAGACAAGAUUCAAACUCAAUGGAAAUGCUCAGAAAGUGUGCAAAGAAAGAAAAAAAGAAAAGACAGCGUCUCGAUGGAAGUCCAUUUGAAGAGGAGGGCUGAUGGGAAAAAUGUGACCCAAGAACAUAACCUGAACACACAUUCAGCCGUCCAACUGACGAUGAACUCUAGUUUCCUACACUUUGACAAUCUUAACAGGAGCGAAUAAGAGUUAGAGGAGACAGAGAAAGAGAGAGAGAGAGAGAUAGAGAGAGAGAUAGCGGGAAAGAGAGAGAGCGUGGGACAAAGAACAAAUGAGCGACGAACACAUUGCUGUGUGGUUUGUAAAGAGCAUGCAUGGAUUUUGAAGCAUCAGGAAUUGGUCUUCAACAGCUAUUUGGUCUUAAAUGUUUAAGGAGUGAUUUAGUUUUCAUCAUUAUGUAUUUACUUUUAUUUGUGUUUUUUGCCCCUUUUUGAUUUUUUUUGUUCCAUAGACUUUUUUCUGACAGGUCACUGCCUGUACAAACUCUGGACUGUCGGAACUUGAAAUUUGAAAAAUUUUUAAUAUAAAUCCUAGCUAUUGUAAUCUUAUAGUCUUACUUUUGUUUCUUACAAAUACAGUGCAUCUACAUCUUUUUUUCUGACAAACUGCUUACAUUACAUUACUGUUUUUUUUUUUUUUUUUUAAUAUCCCAGCUCAGGUAUGAUGUGCCAGCUUGUGAAUGUGUUUUUUUUGUUUUGUUUUGUUUUGUUUGUUUUCAUACAGAAAGAGUGGUCAAUGAAAUAAAGGGAGCAAAAUCCCUUAUAUCACAUCAUUAUUAUUAUUAUUAUUAUUAUUGUUGUUAUUAUUAUUAUUAUUAUUAUUAUUAUUAUUAAGUAAGUAAGUAAGUAAGUACCCAGGCAUUGUACAGAUUUACUUCAAAUGUGCCAAACCUACAUUCACAUUCACUCGGGAUGUUGUAGUCUUAACUUCCAAUGCUGCAAAAAAGUCUUAUACAAUCAGCUUUUUUCUGUCUGAUAAGAUGAGUUCCUACUUGGUAACUGCUGGCUCCUCUCCUGGCCCAAUCACAGGCAGAGCUCAGGGAGGAUGUGUUUUCAUCACACUCGCUCAGCCACACACACACACACACACACACACACACACACACACACACACACACACUUUAUGUUGCUCUCUGGCAGCCCCUCCAGCUUUGAGACGUAGUCAGAAGAGCAGCAGCGAAAGUGUCAGUUCUGCAAUUCCACAGCAUUGGUGCUUUCAUGAACCACAUUGGCCAUAGUUCUCUAAGGCCGAACACUUGGCACACUGUGUACCAAGUGCAGUACAGUGCAACCAAACACCAACAUUUAGCGUUUGAAUCUGUCCCUUUCAAUCUGGCUUCAGGUUUAGACAUUUUUCGACUUAAUUUCUGCAUAAACACUUUAAGAGUUCAUAAAGUCUGAAGUGCUCCUAUAGCUCUGCUCAGUCAGAGUUACCCUGUUGUAGGAUAAGAGUUUCUGAUAUUCUGAAUCCCUUCACUGUAUUUUAAAUUGUGUUUUUAAUCGGUACAAAAGUGUACAAAAUGUUACUAUUUUUAUUAGCCUGUUAAUAUUUGUAAAUGUCUUCUCAGCGUCACACGGGACAGGUAUACCAAACUUAUGUUUUAAAAAAAGAAUUUAUAUAGUCGCAAAAAAAAGUGGGUUUAAUAGGUCUGUUAUUUCAAAAAGGGUACCUUUUUCUAUGUUGCAUGUAUAUUUUGAAGACAAGUAAAUUAUUAAGAGAAGAACGGCGUGGAAAAGGUGCAUAAUUUUCGAUCAGCUUCUCAGUCAGCCACCCCAGUUAGAGCACACAAGUUUUUCCAGUUUGAAGCGAGAUGAUCCUCUUUUUUCUUUUCUCAGUGCGGCCCGGCGGUCAGCUCCAUGCUGGGUGUGCACUCUUUUUCCUCUGUUUUAUUCAAAUGUUACAUUCUUUCUCUGAAGACACUCUAUAUUUUUUCUUUGUCUCUUUUCACCACAUUUCGAACAUGUUUCCAUUUUCGACACCUGUGAUCUCGGGUGGUUCCUGGGUGCUCUGUUUAACUGUUAGCUGUUUCUUACGUCUUCUCUACAUGAACAUAUUUGGCAGUCUAUACUAGGAAAAGCUUCACAAGCUGGGACUGAAUAUUGGUUUUUGCUUGCAUCACAGGAAAAAGCCUCAUGCAUAGACAUUUCUGUUAGUGUCCUAAGCACUGGAUAUAAAUUCUAUGUUUUUUUUGUUUUGUUUUGUUUCGUUUUUUUUUUUUUAGUAUUAACUAAUGUGAAGUUGUUGUUUGAUUUUCAACAUGAUAAAUUAGAACAGUCAAAAGUCACACGCUCGUACAUGCCAGUCACAGGUAAAUUGCCAUUUCCUUAGAAGCAUUUCAUUUACUGAAGCAGAUUUUGUUGCCGCAGCUCUAGUGCCGCCUGAAGGGGGUCACGUCACCUCUGAUCUCUUUGAAAAGGUAACCUCAUGCUCUUAUCAGUUGUGACCUGCAGAAGCAGAUCAUAAGUUUCCUGGUCAGACACAUUUUGUGAUGAGUAUUGUAUUUGAAAUUCAAUGUGCGUUUUAACAUUUCAUUGUAUUUAUUAGCCAGCUUUGGCUCUAAAAAGUGUCAGUACAACUUGGUGAGAAAGACAAUCAAUAAAAAAAAAAUAAAUAAAUAAAAAGU